AACCUCCGUCGGCUCAUCUCGCAAGAACUCCGAGCUUUAAAUAGAGCCCGAUCUGACAUUUACCUGCAUUCACCUCUAAUCACAAUCGCAGAUUCCUCAAUAUGGGAAAGGCAUUCGACGCCGCAGAAGUGGCUAGACACAACACUAGCAAGAGUUGCUGGGUUGUACUCUAUGGAAAGGUGUACGAUGUAACCGACUUUGUCUCCGACCAUCCUGGGGGUGCAAAUGUUAUCCUCAAAUUGGCAGGCAAGGAUGCAACUGAGGAAUUCGACCCGGUUCACCCUUCCGGUACGCUUGAAGAGAAUCUCAAACCCGAGGCGUUCCUGGGAACAAUCGAUCCAGCAACGAUAAGCAAGGCGGAGCCGCACUCUGGGGCUUCAGGGAAGACCGAAGAGUACCCUCCUGUUCAAAGCCUCCUCAACAUGGACGAAAUCGAAGAACUUGCCACGAAGAAAGUGAACAAGAAAACAUGGGCGUACUAUUACUCGGCCGCCGACGACAAGAUCACCAAGCGCUUUAAUACAGAGGCUUUCCGCUCGAUUCUCUUGCGACCCAGGGUCUUUAUUGACUGCACUAAAUGUAAUCUUGGGACGAAGUUGCUAGGCAAUCAGGUAUCUAUGCCUAUCUACGUCUCGCCGGCUGCCCAGGCACGACUGGGGCACCCAUCAGGCGAAGCUGGUAUUGCCGAAGUGUGCGGUAGUUUCGGGGCUCUGCAAAUUAUUUCCAAUAGCGCUUCUAUGACGCCGGAGCAGAUUGUUGCAAAUGCUGCACCUGGACAAGCGUUCGGCUGGCAGUUAUACGUGCAAGACGAUCGAAGCAAAAGCGAAAAGAUGAUCGCUCGUGUGAACAAACUAAGUGCGAUCAAGUUCCUCGUUCUGACGCUCGAUACACCAGUGAUGGGCAAGCGCGAAGAUGAUCAGCGCAGUGGUAAUGUCAUCAAUGAAAUUACUGAGUUUUCAUCCCCCGAAGGCUCAAAGGAAGCGCUCGAGAAGCAAGUCUUCGCGGGAAUGGAUCCAUCUCUCACAUGGACUGAGACUCUUGCCUGGUUAGAAAAGCACACCAGUCUGCCAAUCGUUCUUAAGGGCAUUCAGACCCAUGAAGAUGCUUAUAUUGCCGCGUUGCAUCGAUCUCGGGUGAAGGGAAUCAUCCUCUCCAAUCACGGAGGUCGAUCGCUUGAUACAUCACCUCCAGCUGUGCACACGCUGCUUGAGAUGCGCAAAUAUUGCCCCGAGGUCUUUGACAAAGUUGAAGUCUGGAUUGAUGGCGGUGUCAGAAGGGGAACAGACGUUGUGAAGGCCCUUUGCCUAGGCGCCAAAGGUGUCGGUAUCGGUCGGCCACCGUUGUGGGGAUUGGCUGCCGGAGGCGUACACGGUGUGAAGAGAACAUUGCAGAUCCUGGCUGACGAGACCAAAACUUGCAUGCGACUACUUGGUGUGGAAAGACCUGACCAGCUUGGAAUACAGCAUAUCAACACCCGGUUGUUGGAGCAGCAGGUGUACGAUGGUCCCUCUGGCCUUGGAGCUUAUCGAGCACAGUACUCGUCAAAGCUCUAGAAUAGCGACUUGUGGUAGAUUUUUUUCCACAGCAUUCGUGGGGCCUGGAUGUUCAGUCCCUAGAUACAAGUCCUUCCAAAAGCAUUUGGGCCCUUGAAUAUUGCCACAUUUGCAUGAUCAUAUAGUCAUACUUGUGAAGCCAGCUUAAUCUCCACAUUUUGCAAUUAAGACACAUGCGUCUCAUCUGUGAUAGAAAUAAGAAGAGACGCUCUCCACAAAG